AUGCAAACUUCCUCCUUCGCCUACUUAUCCUCUUGUGAGAGUGCCUAUUUGGAAGCUGAAGACGAAGAUGAAGAUUCUAUUUUUCUUUCUCUUGGCCCCCCUGGCCAACACAUCCCCAAGAACCCCAUCUAUAAUAAUAAUAUUCCCUCCUCAAACCACAAUUUUGUGAAUCACCAAAACCCUUCUAGCGAGGGUGGUGUAACAGUAGCCCUUCAUAUUGGUCCUCCAACUACUUCAGGAUCCAACGACUCUAGCAUCCCUACUCAUGACACUACUGCUCCUCUUCCAGCCCAAUACUGGAUUCCUUCUCCAGCUCAGAUCCUUGUUGGCCCAACACAGUUCUCUUGCACUGUCUGCAACAAAACAUUCAACAGAUACAACAACAUGCAGAUGCACAUGUGGGGGCAUGGAUCACAGUACCGGAAGGGCCCAGAAUCAUUGAGAGGGACAAAACCCGCUUCUUCCAUGCUGAGACUGCCAUGCUAUUGCUGUGCUGAGGGUUGCAAGAACAACAUAGAGCACCCAAGGUCAAGGCCUCUGAAAGAUUUCAGGACCCUUCAGACUCAUUACAAGAGAAAGCAUGGAGCCAAGCCGUACGGCUGCAGAAAAUGUGGGAAGCCUUUUGCUGUACGAGGUGAUUGGAGGACUCAUGAGAAGAACUGUGGAAAGCUCUGGUUUUGUAUUUGUGGCUCUGAUUUCAAACACAAGAGGUCUCUUAAGGACCAUGUUAGGGCAUUUGGGGAUGGGCAUGCUCCUCACACCAUCACCACGAACAUGUGUGAAGUUGAAGAAGAAGAUGAUGAUAAUGAUAAUGAAAAUGAUGAUGAAGAAAAUGACAUUAAUGGAGGCCGUGGGUCCUUUUGUUUUUUGUAA